AUGUGUGCUGCCUAUAGUCCUCAUGUGUCUUCUGUAAUUGAAGAAUAUAAACACUGUGAAAAGUCUUUCACUGAGAAGACACACACUCUUGUCCCUCAGAGAACACACACAAGAGAGAAACCUCAUGAAUGUAACGUGUGUCGAAAGUCUUUCACCAAGAAAUCAAAGCUUACUGUCCACCAGAGAACACACACAAAAGAGAAACCUUUUCAAUGCAACAUUUGUGGAAAAUCUUUCACCUGCAAGGCAUAUCUUACUAGACACCAGAGAACACACACUGGAAAGAAAAUUUAUGAAUGUAACUCAUGUGGAAAGUCCUUCUCCUGGAAGUCAACUCUCACUGUCCAUCAGAUAACACACACAGGAAAGAAACCUUUUGAAUGUAACGUGUGUGGAAAGUCUUUUACCAAGAAAUCAAAGCUUACUGUCCACUACAGAACACACACAGGAGAGAGACCUUAUGAAUGUAACCUGUGUGGAAAGUGUUUCACCCAGAAAUCAAAUCUUACUGUCCACCAGAGAACACACACAAAAGAGAAACCUUUUGAAUGUAAGAUUUGCGGAAAGUUUUUCACCCACAAGGAAUAUCUUUCUACCCACCAGAGAACACACACAGGAGAGAAAAUUUAUGAAUGUAACUUGUGUGGAAAGUCCUUUACCUGGAAGUCAACCCUCACUGUCCAUCAGAUUACACACACAGGAAAGAAACCUUAUGAAUGUAAUGUGUGUGGAAAGUCUUUCACCAAGAAAUCAAAGCUUACUGUUCACCAGAGUACACACACAAAAGAGUAUCCUUUUGAAUGUAACAUUUGUGGAAAUUCUUUCACCUGCAAGGCAUAUCUUACUUGCCACCAGAGAAUACACACAGGAGAGAAACUUCAUGAAUGUAAUGUGUGUGGAAAAUCUUUCACCCAAAAGGGUAACCUUACUGCCCACCACAGAACACACACAGGAGAGAGACCUUAUGAAUGCAACCUGUGUGGAAAGUGUUUCAUCCAGAAAUCAAAGCUUACUUGCCACCAGAGAACACACACUGGAGAGAAACCUUAUAAAUGUAACACGUAUGGAAAGUCUUUCACCAAGAAGUCAUACCUUACUUGCCACCAGACAACACACACAAGAGAGAAACCUUAUUAA